AUGGCAGAAGCAUUUCUCAAUACACAAAGAUAUGCAGUGGUGACAGGGGCAAAUAAGGGAAUAGGCCUUGAGAUCUGCAAGCAAUUAGCUCCAAGAGGAAUAAUGGUGGUAUUAACAGCUAGGGAUGAGAAGAAAGGCAUUGAAGCUCAAGAAAAGCUCAAGGACUUGGAUUUUUCAGAUAAAGUUGUUUUUCACCAACUUGAUGUUAUGGACCCCAACACCAUCAUUUCUAUUUCUCACUUCAUACAAUCUGAAUUUGGGAGGCUUGAUAUUUUGGUGAAUAAUGCUGGUGUUUCUGGAGUAAGGGUGGAAGGAGAUGCUUUGAUUCUUCAAGAAUUAAUAAUAGGUUCAUUUUUUGAUAGGGGAAAGACUACAGCAAAUGGAACUGUAAUAGAGACUAUUGAGGGUGCUGAAGAGUGUCUGCAGACAAACUAUUAUGGUGUAAAAAGAAUAACUGAAGCUCUUAUUCCACUCCUCCAAUUAUCAGAUUCACCAAGAAUUGUCAAUGUCUCCUCCGGUCUUGGAAUGCUGAAGUUUUUGUCGAGCAAGUGGGCUACACGUGCCUUGAGUGAUCAAGAGAAUCUUACAGAAGAGAAAAUCGACGAGGUAGUCAAAAAUUUCCUAACGAGCUUCAAACAAGGCUCGCUCGAAGGUGACAACUGGCCGACUCAAAUGUCAGCCUAUAAAGUCUCGAAAGGAGCCAUGAAUGCAUACACGAGGCUCAUUGCCAGAAAAUAUCCGGGAUUCUGCAUAAACUGCGUGUGCCCGGGUUUCGUGAGAACGGACAUCACUUGUAAUCAGGGCCUGUUGAGUGCGGAUGAGGCUGCCAAAGGCCCGGUGGAGAUUGCUCUAAUGGCCCAUGGGGGUCCGUCCGGCUUGUUCUUCAAGCAAUCGGAAGUUUCACCUUUCUAA